GACGAAAAGUGCGGGACGCAUAUAGGUGCCUUUUCAUGCUACCGCUCGACGCUCACUUCACCGUCAAAAUAGACGACAUGAUAAAAAAAAAAAGAGUCAUUUAAAUCUUCCUAUUCCGCAUCAACUUCAUUCACGUGACUGAUAUUGAUCCUAAAGAUGAGCGUCGAAUGUCAGUAUAAAAAAGCAUCAUUUUAUAAUUCCAGACCGUUGAAUAGAACGACAUUCGCCCAUUAUAUCACAUUUUUUAAUCAUUUUCGUUUAGCACUUUCGACUUUAUUAUUGUUUUUCGAUAUAUUUCAAUUACUAAUUUUCAUUUUUGUAUCAUAGCCUGCUUUGAGCCACGGCCAAUAUUAAAAAAAGAAGAAAAAGAAACGUACAAUGUGUGAUUUAUUUUGAGAAAGAGCUAUGAUCAUUCUGAUGAUCGCUCUCUUGAUGAUUUUUGUAACGAAAUGUCUUGCAGUCCAUGAUUUGUCCAGAUUUGAAAAUUUUGGACAUCUGAUGAUCACUCGAUGAACAGCUGAUUCUAGUGACAGCUAUUCUAUUUGCCUCUUCUUCUCGGACAUUCGGAGUUGGACGAUGCAAACAGUGAUUGUCUAUCAUUCUUUCUGACGAGUUUUUAUUAUCUUUUCUGGCAAUUGAUGAAUAGCACCGAAUGUACUUGGAAUGAAAUCUUGUGAAAUUGAAAGCUUUCGAAUAUAGUGACGACGUGCGAUUUCGCUUGACAGAUGAGCUGACAGGUGUCAAAAAGAAAAAGAAGAGAAAAUAAUAAAUUUAUAGACUACCAGGAUGUCUAUCAAUAUAGACAUAAAAUUGAAACGCGCGAGCAAAAUAUAUCACGAAGGGGAGGUAGUUGCCGGUCUAAUAUUGUUAAAAACCAAUUCAGAUAUAAAGCACGAUGGUAUAUUCCUCACUAUGGAAGGCUCAGUAAAUUUGCAGCUUAGUUCCAAAAAUGUUGGUAUUUUCGAAGCGUUUUAUAAUUCGGUUAAGCCGAUACAAUUAGUACAAUAUACACUGGAUGUUGCUCCUUCAGGAAAGAUCCCAAGUGGUAAGACGGAAAUACCAUUUGAAUUGCCGUUAAAGCCAAGAGGAAGCAAAUCUCUUUACGAAACGUAUCAUGGUGUUUUUGUAAAUAUACAGUAUCUGAUACGCUGUGAUAUAAAAAGAAGCUUUCUCGCAAAAGACGUGAGCAAGUCAUUGGAGUUCAUAGUUGAAGAUAAACCAAGUGCUAAGGUGGAAAAAGAUCAUAGUAAGAUUGUGUUCUUUAAGAUAAUGCCAGAGUCUUUACAAAAUACCCGGGACAGAGCCAAUGUACCAAGAUUUUGCAUCUCGGGCAGAUUAGACUCCUUAUACUGCAAACUUUCCGAACCUUUGACAGGCGAAGUAGUGAUUGAACAAUGUGAGGCUGUUAUAAAGUCUAUAGAGUUACAAUUGGUGAGAGUAGAAACUUGCGGAUGUGCGGAAGGAUACUCUAGAGAUGCAACAGAGAUACAAAAUAUACAAAUCGGAGAAGGCAACGCUUGUACGAAUCUUGCUAUUCCGAUCUACAUGAUAUUUCCCAGGUUAUUCACAUGCCCUACUUUAAGUACUAGUAAUUUUAAAGUUGAAUUUGAGGUAAAUCUUAUUGUUGUAUUUGAAGACGAUUAUUUGGUCACCGAGAACUUUCCUAUUAUACUCUCGCGAUAUUAAAAGUUAUAAAAAUAAAAAUGUUUUCUAAAA